AUGAAAUUCACAUACGUUCUUGCUGGGUGGGAAGGCACUGCAUCUGAUUCAAGAAUUUUAAAAAAUGCUCUCGAUCGAGAUGAUCCAUUGGUUAUCCCGCAAGGAAAAUACUACCUCGGUGAUGCAGGAUUCAUGUUGAAAAUCACAAUUUUGACUCCGUAUAGAGGCGUAAGAUAUCACCUCAAAGAAUAUACACGCAGAGGACCCCAAAAUGCAAGGGAGUUGUUUAAUCACCGGCAUUCAUCUCUGCGAAAUGUUAUCGAAAGAACUUUUGGUGUUUUGAAAAAACGAUUCCCUAUCAUUGCAAGUGGCACUGAACCACACUAUGGGUUGGAGACAAUGACAGACAUCAUACUAGCUUGUUGUAUAUUACACAACUUCCUUCGUGGUGUGGAUAACGAUGAGUCAUUACUUCAUGAAGUUGAUAACGAGUUGAAUGAAAUGGAAGACCAUCAUGUUUCAUCAUCUCAAGAUAGAGAAGAGGACCAUAGGAUUGGUAGUAAUAUUAGGGAUUCUAUAGCCGACCAUAUGUGGCGAGAUUAUCAAAACUCGUAG